ACAACUACCCCUCCUCACAAAAAAUUAGAGAUACAGGAAUUGGCAUCUAAGAGAGUAGACAUUCAGAAAAAGAGAUUUUAUUUGGAUGUCAAGCAGAGUGCUCGAGGCCGUUUUUUGAAGAUAGCAGAGGUCUGGAUUGGUAGAGGGCGACAGGAUAACAUCAGAAAAAGCAAAUUGACUUUAUCUUUGUCUGUCGCUGCUGAGUUAAAGGAUUGUCUGGGAGAUUUCAUUGAGCAUUAUGCUCACCUGGGUCUUCGAAGCAGUCAUUCCCAACGCAGUGACCAUGGAAGUGAAAAAGAGCACGAUUCCAGGAGGAGACCACAUCCAGUAUCACCUUCAGGUUCUGUUGGAUCAGAAGAACCUACAACACACAGUGUUUUGAAGACUGAAUAUAUUGAACGAGACAACAGAAAAUAUUAUCUAGACCUUAAAGAAAACCAGCGUGGACGUUUUUUAAGUCUGGGUCAGGAGCAGACUAUUGUUCUGCCAGCCCAAGGUAUGAUUGAAUUUAGGGAUGCUCUGGUUCAACUUAUUGAAGACUAUGGAGAAGAGCUUCCAGAAGGAACCUCAUUCAGAGUGGACAACAAAAGGUUCUACUUUGAUGUUGGUUCCAACCGUUAUGGCAUAUUCCCUAAGGGUAAGUGA